AUGAGUACAAUCCUUCUCACAGGGGCGAGAGCUUCGAAAAGAGUAAGUUACAUUCUUCAACCCCUAUAUUCAUCUUCUUGCUCUGUAAGAUAUGUUUCAAUCAAUUCUGGAAUAAACCGUGGUCUUCGGAAGUCCAAAGGAGUUGGGUUUAGAGGAAAGGACAAAGGUCGCCCGAGUCGAGAAGAUGAUGGUGGUGGUCGAGGAUUUCAAGUUACUGGAUCGAAUCCGUAUGCAAAAGGGCGACAGGAUAGGGGCUCUGCCGAUGAUUCUGGGAGCAGGAAUAAGUCUAUGCAUUCGCGAUACAAGCCGGAAGGUCGCGAUGAUCGAUCGAAGCCAACGUAUAAGUCACCCAUUCCCUCUGGAGAUCGUCGGGAUCAAGGGCCUUACAAAAAUGGAAGUCCUGAAAAGUCGCAUCGGAUUAAAGCCAAUGAUGCUCAUGAAGGAGAAUCUUUUGACAGGUAUAAGGAGCCCCGAAAUAGCAAAUCCGGUUACGAGAAGAAGUCUUAUGGGGCUCGGGACGAAAAAUCUAGUUACGAGAAGAAGUCUUAUGGAGCUCGGGACGAAGCGCCUAGUUACGAGAAGAAGCCCUCUACCAGAUCCUUCGAGUUUCCAGGAAAACGCUCUUUCGAUGAGAAGAAAUCUCAUAGCUCUUAUGGAGCUCGGGACGAAGCGUCUAGUUACGAGAAGAAGCCCUCUAGCCGAUCUCCCGAUUUUCCAGGAAAACGUCCUUUCGAUGAAAAAAAACCUCAUAGCUCUUAUGGGGCUCGGGACGAAGUGUCUAGUUACGAGAAGAGGCCAUCUAGCAGAUCCUACGAGUCUCCAGAAAAACGCCCUUUCGACGAAAAUAGAUCAUCCAGCAGGCCUUACGAAUCCCGUGACAGUCGCCCUCGGUAUGAGCAGAAAUCGUUUUCAAAUGUUGAUGAUGCGAGUAAGCGAAUAGGAUAUGAGAAGGGAUAUGAAGGCCCUAGGAAGUCGCAUAAAGGUUUUACAUACCCUUCGAAAUAUCCUACCCGCGAGGAACGACUAGCAGUCAAAUCUUUUAGGUCUGGAUCACCGUCAGAGUAUUCGCAUUCAGAACCUCCCUUGGAAUCUCCUCCCCCGGAAUCUCCCACUACGGAUUCUGCACCGCUCAAAUUCACUUCCAGCUUCGCCAAAAAAAUGCCCGUUACCAUACCAUACACCACACCAGCCUCUGAAUUUUUAUAUGGCACGUCAGUCGUCGAAGCUGCCCUACAUGCGCAAAACCGCAGAGGCAGAAAGCUCUAUAAACUUUACAUUCUCAAGGGCGAAGAUCGUCAGAACGCAGAGCGAGACGGCGUUCUAGCAAGAUUAGCACAGAAGAAAGGGGUCGAGGUCACCACAGUAAGAGGAUACGAUUGGCUCCGAACUCUUGAUAAAAUGAGCCAGGGACGUCCACACAAUGGAUACAUCCUCGAAGCCUCCCCCUUACCUCGACUCCCCCUUCUAAGUCUCGGCGAAGUAAUCGACCAAGAAGACAGCUUCGCCAUCAAACUCGCCCUCGACCACCAAUCCCGCGAAGAGAUGGAAAUUAACGGCACCGACACCAUAAUCAAAGUCGGCAAAGCUUCCACCGGGCGCAGACCCCUGGUUCUCCUCUUAGACAGUAUAGAAGACCCUCAAAACCUGGGCGCCAUUCUCCGCACCGCAGCCUUCAUGGGCGUAACCGCCGUCGCCAUCUCCACACGCAACAGCGCCUCCUUCACCCCCGUCGUCUUCAAAGCGUCCGCUGGCGCCGCCGAAACCAUGGAACUCUUCUCGGUAAGCAAAACCGCCGGAUUCGUCAAAGACUCUCAAACCGCGGGCUGGAAAAUCUACGCAGCCGUCGCACCCCCCGCGCCUAGAAGAUCUGAUUCCAGAUACAUGUGGCCCGCCACCUCCACAGAAUCCAUCUGGACCCACGAUCUGCAAGAUCCGCUCCAAGAAAAUCCAUGUAUAAUAAUGGUAGGAGGCGAAGGCGAGGGUCUGCGCAAACACUUGAGAGAUCUGGCCGAUGUGCAUAUUUCGAUCAAGGGGGCAGCUUUGAGGGGUAAACUCGAUAGUUUGAAUGUCAGUGUAGCAACCGGCAUGUUAUGCGAUGCGUUUGUGAGAGAGACGACGAAAAAGACGGUCGAGGAAGCAGUUAAGGAAGUUGAAGAGGAAUCGGAAAAACUGGAUGAUAACCAGAUUUUCUAA